AUGCUUAAACAUACUGUUAGGAGCGUUAUCUAUCUACUCUUCUCGGUGUACCCUCGGGUACAGGUUCAGGAGUGCUCCCUUUUCGACAACACUGCAGCUUGGCUCUCACCAGAAGAUCUUUAUCACAAGCAUCUUUACGAUAUAGCAGGUCUCAUUCUUGCUCGUAACCAAGAGGAUUAUAUUCAUUCCUUUUCUACGACUCAAAUCAUUGGCGAAAAACUUGAGGGGCUUGCAGAACAAAUGCCCUCGACGUGGUGGGAAAUUCCUUCCAACAUUCCUCAUAGCCGCACUCAGGAAGCGUCUACUCAGUUCGAGCGAGUAAUGUGCCAAAUUUGGCACUUUGAGUUAGUGACGCUGCUACAUCUUCCAUUCAUGCUACGCGCAGCGAAUAAUCGACGAUACGAAUAUUCGCGCAUUUCUUGUCUGGAUGCUUGCCGGAACCUAAUCAAGAGAUGGGCAUCCAUUCGCGAGACCAAAAGGACUUUCUACUUCUCCAAUCUCCUUGAUUUCGAAGCUUUCACGGCAGCAACCACUCUGUUACUGGGGCUGCUGGUCUCCCACGGAAACAAGACUCAAGGCAUGUCACUUGAAGAAGGACACGAAGAUUCCGAACUUGUGGAGAGGGUUGUUCGAAACUUCGAAAGGCUUAAGCCACAUGACUCUCGAGUGUCCGUUGGCGAACAGAGUAUUUUAGUUAUUCAGACACUGCAAGAGUUUCUCCGUGGGGACAUGUCGUCCGGUAGUUUGUGUCUGGAAAUCCCAUUUUUUGGAAUUAUCAGGGUCGCACACAGCGGCACCGUAGAACCACUGGAAGGCGAACGGAUCCUCGGGGCAAACGUACGCAAUUCUUAUUCUCGGUCUGAAAAAAGAGCCACGGUUCCUUCCAUGGCGGAAGGAAUUUGCGCGCCGGAUUUGUUGUCUUCGAUAGAAAAACGACGCGAGGAAGGAGUUGCAGCAGAAGGGAAUUCUGCUCGCCAUGUCGUGCGAGGACCUGAUACUAUUUUGCAGCUCUCUGGCGGUCACUUCCAAUUCCCUGAGAUAUCCGAUAUUCAAGAGAGUCUUGGCACCAGUGAAUGGUCAUUCUCACCGGAUGAUAUGAUUUUUUUCGAUAGUUUGGUGAAUACGGACUUGGUGGGUAAUUGGACACUGUGA